AUUCAGUUUUAAUUCAAUUCUGAUAUAAAAAUUAAUUAUAAUACAUGAAACUAUUUAAUAUCAAAUGACAUGACACAUCCACAUCAUUCUGUGCCUUCUUGACUGUUAUGUCCUCCAGUCACCUUCAAAUUCAUUAACAAAAUAUUACUACAUAAAAUGGCAACAAUAAAAUCUCUUUGUAUACGAAAUAUAACUAAUAAGAUAACUAAAGGUACACGAGCCUUUUCGACUACCAAGUAUGUAUGUGCAAAACAGAUGACAGUACGAGAUGCUUUGAAUUCAGCUUUAGACGAAGAACUUGAACGAGAUGAUAAGAUAUUUUUGUUAGGUGAAGAAGUAGCUCAAUAUGAUGGGGCUUAUAAAGUAAGCAGGGGUUUAUGGAAGAAAUAUGGAGAUAAAAGAGUUAUUGAUACUCCUAUUACUGAAAUGGGUUUUGCAGGUUUGGCCGUUGGUGCAGCAAUGGCAGGUUUACGACCAGUGUGUGAAUUUAUGACCUUCAAUUUUGCUAUGCAAGCUAUCGAUCAGGUGAUCAAUUCAGCUGCUAAAACAUUUUAUAUGUCGGCUGGUAGAAUUAAUGUUCCUAUUGUGUUCAGAGGGCCAAAUGGAGCAGCUGCAGGUGUAGCUGCCCAACAUUCUCAAUGUUUUGCUGCUUGGUAUGCACACUGCCCAGGUCUCAAAGUAGUUUCCCCUUAUAACUCGGAAGAUGCAAAGGGUCUUCUCAAAUCAGCUAUAAGAGAUCCUGAUCCAGUAGUAUUUUUAGAAAAUGAAAUUUUAUAUGGUGUUCAGUACCCUAUGUCAGAUGAAGCGUUAUCUAAAGAUUUCGUACUACCCUUAGGAAAAGCCAAGGUGGAAAGAUCAGGCAAACAUAUAACCUUGGUAGCACAUUCCAAAGCAGUAGAAACAUGUUUAGAAGCUGCUAAAGAGUUAUCAGGAAAGGGUAUAGAAGCAGAAGUAAUUAAUUUGAGAAGUAUCAGGCCAUUAGAUAUAACUACCAUAGCUGCCUCAGUUGCAAAGACCAACCAUCUUAUUAGUGUUGAACAGGGCUGGCCUACUUGUGGAGUGGGUGCUGAAAUUUUAGCAAGGAUAAUGGAAAGUGAAUCAUUCUUCCACUUAGAUCAACCUGCUAUAAGAUUAACUGGGGUAGAUGUUCCAAUGCCAUAUGCCACUGGAUUAGAAGCAGCAGCCCUUCCCAGAGCUAAAGAUGUUGUAGAAGCUACUAAAAAGAUUUUGAAAGUGAAAUAGACCUUAGAUCUGAAAUUGGUGCUUUUCAGUUAAUACUCUAUUCAAUUGAAGGAUUUUUUAAUGAAUACAAUUGAUACUUCACACAAAAAACUUUUCUAAUUCAGAUAUAGCAUACAAAAUACGUUAUUGAUUUUUUAAUUUAUCUAUGAGUUUUUUAAUUUCUUUUUGUGAAAACAUUUUCCAAAUCAUGAAAAUAUUUAUUGUUACAAUUCCAAAUAAAUUUAUAAUUGUUUUA